AUGAUGAGUUCCGAAAGGCGUGCUUCGAUGGCGGAGCGGCGUCCAUCAACAUUGGACCGCUCGUCUGUUAGUGCAGAACGCAAGGGCUCGGUGACAGUGGUGCCACAUUUGGCGGGGAUUGAAGACCCAUUGCCGGAGACUACGCCGGAGAAGGUGGACGUGCUGCUGGUAGGGACAGGGCUGGUGGAAAGUAUUCUGGCGGCGGCACUGUCGUGGCAAGGCUCAAGAGUUCUCCAAAUUGACUCAAACUCGUACUAUGGCGACACGUCCGCCACGCUCACAAUUGACCAGCUCAAGCAAUGGGUUCAAGACGUGAACCAGGGAUCUAUGAAGUGUUACGAAAGUGCGAAACUGCACAUUUCCAGCAUGAUGGGCAGAGGCGUGUACCGGUCGCGGGAUUUUGGCAUCGACUUGUCACCCAAGAUUCUGUUUGCGAAGUCAGAUUUGCUGUCGAUUUUGCUGAAAUCCCGCGUUCACCAAUAUUUGGAGUUCCAGUCGCUGUCGAACUUUCACACGUAUGAAAACGACUCCUUUGAAAGGCUUACGAACACAAAACAGGAGAUCUUUACGAAUCCGUCGCUUCCUUUGAUGACGAAACGCAAUCUUAUGAAGUUCAUAAAGUUUGUGUUGGACUGGGAAAAUCAACCGGAGGUGUGGCAAUCUUACAAGGACCAGCCUAUGGCGUCCUUCCUUGUAGACAAGUUCAAACUCGAAAAGGCUCAGGUCUUUGAACUGAUCUUUUCCAUUGGGAUGUGUUACAACAUCAAUGUGAAAACACCUGAGGCUCUUCAAAGGAUUCGCAGGUACCUAACGAGCUUUGACGUCUACGGCCCAUUUCCCGUGCUGUACUCGAAAUAUGGUGGUCCUGGAGAACUUUCGCAGGGUUUUUGUCGAUCUGCUGCUGUGGCGGGAGCAACAUACAAACUGAAUGAGACCUUGGUAUCCUACGACCCAGAUUCUAAAAUUGCCAUUUUCGGUGAUGGCUCUAGGGUUAGCGUUUCCGAAAAGGUAGUUGUGGCACCUACUCAGUGCCCGGAGAAUAGUCAAAACGUGCCAGAACAGAAAUACGAGGUUCAAAGAUUAACUUGUGUGGUAGACAAACCUUGUUCUGAGUGGUUUGGUGAGGGCGAAUACGCCUCGGUCGUGGUGUUCCCACCGAAUUCCCUCAAAUCAGGUAAUCGUCAGGCGGUACAGGCGUUGAUAAUGGGCGCUGGAAGCGACGUUUGUCCUCGGGGAACGUCCGUUUGGUAUUUGAGCUCCACGGAAACUGGUCCCCGCGGUGAAAUGGACCUCGAUGCUGCACUAGGAGCGUUGGAAGAAAGUAUAAUGCGUGAAUCAUCCGCGGACAUAGAAAAUGACGAAGGUCUGGUCGAGAUGGAUAAUUCCGGGCAUCUAACAUUGAAUUCGGUCAAGCUGGGUCAGUCCUUCAAGGAGUACUCCUCUCGAGAUAAGCUGCAGAUAAUUGUGAAGCUCUAUUACAAGCAGUUUACUUCCACUCCCCCUUUCGAGGUGGUUGAUCCAUCCAUCUUUGAGAUCAAUGAACCUAACAAUUUGGCUACCAAGAAGCUAAUACCGGGUGCUAGCGAUAAUGGUGUGCUAUAUACACCGCUGCCAUCGGCGGAGGUAUCAUAUGAUGAGGCAAUCACAGCGGCACGGAUAUUGUUUCAGUCAAUUGUAGGGAGCGACGACGACUUUUUCGAUCUCGACUUCGAAGAUGAUGACGAAAAGGACCAGAUCAACGAAUCUGCUGUCAUCGACGAUGAUGAAGAUGCUAAAAUGAACAUGGCACUGGAUGUGGAAAUGAGUGUGGAACCCGUGGAAUUCGCAGGCGAAAUGGAAAUAUGA